UCCACGUAUUUAUUAAAAAUAAAGUAAUCAAUAUCAUAACAUUACCAUUAUUGUCCGUGAACAAUGGCACCUGGUGUUGUUCAAAAUUCGAACCCGAUCGUUAAUAAUCAAUUGGAUAUCAUUGAGUCUGGACGUGAAAUAACGUGUUCACCUGACCACUUCGUUAAUGAGUUAAAUGUUGUGAAGGAAAAGAAUAAGUGUAAAAAGAUCCGACCAAAGGUGCUGAAGAACCAUGAAUCGAAGCAUUAUUUGUAUGAUCGUCUGUACAAUCAUCCUUGCCCUAGAGUUCCAACAAUGUGCAACGAAAGAGCUUGUCUCGGUAGCGUCAUGGCUAUCCCAGGGCGUGGAGAAAUUGCUCGGAAUCCAGAAGAAGUACUCAACGACGCCAAAGACUUUUUGGGCCAGUACUUCGCGUCUAUACGAAGAGCCAACACCCCUGCCCACGAAGCGCGUUGGCAAGCAGUUCAAGACGAAGUUGCACGAUCUGGCACUUACCAGCUCACCACCACAGAAUUAGUGUUCGGCUGCAAGCUAGCUUGGAGGAAUGCUAGUCGUUGCAUUGGCAGGAUACAGUGGUCAAAACUACAACAUCGUAACGUCAUCGGCAACUAAAAAAUGGCGGACGUACAACUUAAAUACUCUCGGUAAUCCUGAUGCCCGUAUGCACCCGAAUA